AUGGCGGCGACGGUGACGUAUCUCAGCAGCGGGCAAAACCACUCGAUGCGGCGUCUACGCACGUUUGUUUCCUGCACUGACUGUGACACCUGCUGCUCUGCAUUCCUGCCGUACAACCACCUGCACCAAACCCUCUUUGAUGAGAGGAAACCGGUUCCCUCUGGUCCCGCCCAGCGCUGCUCCCUCAGAGCCGCCAGACGGGUUCUGAUGAAAUCCAGAGGGCUGCUGGGAAACUCCGUGCACGUGUGCAGGCACGUGCACGUCCCACUGAUGUCGGAGAACAGAGGAUUCUGGGAUCAAGACGGCGUCUGGCCGGGUGAGGUGGGCUUGCCGGGCGAGCCGGGCCGGCGGCGCCGGAUGAUGCUGCUGGUGAACCCGGAGAGCGGGAAGGGGGCGGCGCUCAGCCGCUACAACAGCCACAUCCAGCAGAUGCUGAGAGACGCCGGCGUGGCCAACACGCUGGUCAUCACCGAGCGGCAGAAUCACGCCCGGGAGCUGGUCCGAGAGGCCGACCUGUCCCAGUGGGACGCUCUGGUCAUCAUAUCGGGGGACGGACUGCUGUACGAGGUGAUCAACGGGCUGCUGGACCGGUCUGACUGGGCGGACGCCGUCCAGACGCCGCUGGGGAUCCUGCCGGGGGGGUCGGGCAACGCACUGGCCGCCUCGCUGCACCGGUACUGCGGGGGCGGCCCGGUCUCCGGAGAGGAGCUGCUGCUGAGCUGUGGGUUCCUGCUGUGUCAGGGGGCCCCGGCCCCCAUGGACCUGGUGUCGGUGCAGCUGCCCUGCGGCCCUGGCGGCCCCGGCGGCCCCGGCGGCCCCGGCGGGCCCCGGCUCUUCUCCUUCCUGUCUCUGGCCUGGGGCUUCGUGGCCGACGUCGACAUCGAGAGCGAGAAGUACCGGCACGUGGGGGCGGCCCGUUUCACCGUGGGGACGCUGGUGCGGCUGGCGUCUCUGCGGGUCUACAAGGGCCGGCUGGCGUACCUGCCGGCCUCCAGGGACCCCGGCGGCCCGCCGGGCCCCCGGAACGGCCCUGCGUCGCCCCUGAACCCGGACUCCGCCCAGCCCCGGCGGUCCAGAGACCUGUCCGGCGGUAAAACUCAUCACAACUCCUGCCACUCCAACAACUCCCUGAAGGUGCGGAGGAGGACGGAGGCCACGCCCCCCCAUGAUGUCACAGCCCCCCCGGGCCCGCUGGGCCCGCCGGACUCUCUGCUGCCCCCGCUGGACCGGCCGGUGCCGGCCGACUGGGUGACGGUGCAGGACGAGGACUUCGUGCUGGUCCUGGCCAUGUACCAGUCCCACCUGGCCGAGGACCUGCUGGCGGCGCCGGACGCCGCGCUGGACGACGGCGUCAUCCACCUGUUCUACGUGCGGGCGGGGAUCUCCCGCGCCGCGCUGCUGCGGCUGUUCCUGGCCAUGGAGAAGGGCGCGCACCUGGCGGCGCGCUGCCCGCACCUGAGCUACGUGGCGGUGCGGGCGCUGCGGCUGGAGCCGCGCGGGCCGCGCGGCGUCAUCACGGUGGACGGGGAGGUGGUCGGGUACGGCCCGGUGCAGGCCCAGGUGCACGGACGCCUGGCCCGGCUCAUCAGCGGCCGCGGCCACAGGACGCUCAGCUGACGGAGCCGGAGCCGUCCCGUUAAUCCG